UUGCGCAAUUGUUGAUAAUUAAUCUUGGUUUUUGUUCAGUAAAACAUUUCAUUUUUCACUUUUACAUCGAGCCAUAAUGUAACGUCUGUUUAUUCACAUGUUUAAAGACUAGUUGGUCUGACUAAUUUGAAAAUAUCGCCAGUCCAAGUUAAUCGAGCAAGUAUUGACUAGGUUGACUUAGUCUGUCAAGUCAACAAGUUAUUCGAGUGAAAUAGAUUGAAUGAAAUUGAAAUGAUCUUGUCCGCUUACCCUGCAGUUUAAAGGAGAAACAAGGCUGUUUUAAUGAUGGGAAUAAUGGCUCAGUCACAUGCGAAGAGAUAAAGCCUUUACAAAGCCUCCUAAUCGCGAUAAAAAUUUGCCCGAAAACAGUAUUCAUAUUGAACAUCACUUUACUGCAUUACCGUACAAAUGAAUCAAUUUUGAACAUCUGUUAACAUUUCAUGUUUAACCAUUUACACAAACCUAAUACAAGCUCAUUUAGAUUCAAUUGAUUUGAUCGAUAAACUAAUAAAUGGCUGAAUCUUCCGACUGGUUAAUUAAUGGUUGUUUCAGCUUUCAAUUUUGACAAUCAAAAAUUGGUCAAAAAAGUCUGUGACCAGACAGUGCAAGUGAUCGUCCAAGUUUAAUGGACGUUUCAAUUUUAAGUCAACUUGUAGUUGGUCAUACCAAUGGUAGAUGGCGUUGUUGUCAAUUUCUUACCAACCAAUUUGACCAGAGAUUUUUAUACUCAACAAGUUUCCUUGUUAUGUUGCUGUGUUUUCCAUGGAUAACUCAACUGAUUCAGAGCAACCACCACCGCCACCACCUCGACAUUCAUCCAAACUAACACCACCACCAUUGCCACCUAAAUCUAAUUGUUGGAUAACAACAACAACAACAACAACCAGCCCAUCUUUACCUUUACAAGCCGAGACAAGUAAAAAAAAUGAUCUCAAGGCGAUACAGAAAAAGGCUCUUCUCGAGUUUUACCUUAAACACAAAAAGAAACAGCAAGAGCAACAAAAACAACACUCAUCAACAUCCCUUCAUCAACAAAAUCAGCCCAAUCAAUGUAAACCCGAAUACACCAAAUCUUUUUCCUGUAGCAACAUUUUCCAUCCAAAGGCUUCAUCGAGCAAGGUCGAAUUAGUUGUAUCCAAUCCAUCAAAUGGCUUCACUAAUACGUCAGAAUCGUUCAACUGUUUACCUUCAGCCUCAUCUCGAAACCAUACUGGAUUGACCGCCAACAACAACCAUUGUUCAACAUCAACUGCAACAUCUUCAUCUUUAACCAUUUUAUCUUCACUUGUUUCCGUCAAUCCACCUAAACUGCACACUGGUAACGGUUUUGUUUGUGGUAAUAAUGGUAGUAAUUGCUUAUCACCCACAUCAAAAUCAACCUCACCUUCGACAUCAACCACAACUACAUCAUCAUCAUCAUCAUCAUCAUCAUCAUCCUCUUCAUCUGCAUCAUCUUCACCGCCGCCUUUGCCACCAUUGCCAUUGAAAAGCCAUAUUGGCUGUUUACUGAUGCCACCACAACAACCUCCGUCUGCUCAACAAGCAACUAACUCAGAAACACUAGUAGCACCAAAAACAGUAAAUGGUUUAAAAUAUUCACCACCGCCUUUACCUGCAACUUCAAUGCACCUUCAACAGCAACAAAUUACCAAUAGUCAACCACUCCCAACUAAAUCAUGUUCAUCAUCAUUUCCAGCAACCUUGACAACUUGUCAACUUGUUGAAACUGAAUUGAACCAUCAUGUAAACUUUACCAAUUCAAGUUCAUCUCCUUUGUCUUCUUCCUCUGUACCCUUAGUCGCUUUACCCGCUUUACACUCAAAGACACCGUCAAACGCCUCUUCAAAUACCCUAGACUCUGAAAGUUGUUUUACUGGGCCUGGUUCAAGUGGAACCUUAACCUCAAACUGUUCAUCGUCUAGUGGCAUUGGCAGUAGCAACACUAGCAGUAGCAGUGAAAGCACAACCAGUAGCAACAGCAGUGAUAGUAGUAGCAAUGGUCAUUCAGGUCAUCCGGCUGAUCCGUUGCUUUUAAAUGCAAUAACAAAUGAUCACUUAACCGAUACUCAAAUGGAAUCUCUAUCCUCUUUUCCCAACUACCCACCACCUCCACCUCCACCACUUGCUCCUCUCACUCUCAACCCUUGUCCUUUACCUGCACCUCCACUGCCUCCACCACCUUCAUCGACAACCUCUUCCUCUGUUGGAUCUCAUUCAAUGAAAGUCAGGGUUUCUGGUUCCUUUACUGGUCCUCAACCUGAUGAUACUUUCACCAUGUCCAGGGUAACUAAUUUUUGCUCACCAACAACUGAUUCCCUUUCAACUUGUUCAUACCAAAGACCAGUGUCCAUUGGUGCAAUUGAGUCAAUAUCAACAGGCACACCUUCAAUGGUCCGUGUUCACAGUUCAAACCAGCACAAUUAUCACAAUGGUCAAAGUCACCAUGCACAUCAUCAUCAUCAUCACCAUCAGCCAAAUCAUCAACAUCAUGAACCGAUUCGGUUGAGCAACAAUUGUGCUUCGGAAAAUGGCGUCUCAUGUAACCAACCACUUUUCAAUGGGAGAGAUGCUACUCUCAAGUCUAGUGGUGCACAUUUAAGUAAUUCAAGUAAUUGUUAUAACACCAUGAUUGCUAGUGGAUUAACCUCAUCAUCAUCACCAUUAUCAACAACAACAAUCACAACAACAACCCAUAAACACAAUGCCUUAUCCGAUAACACGGUUUCGCUGAGUGAUUCCAGACAAUAUCAAGCCAAUGGUAUGGUUAACUGGCGAUCAUCUUCACCAACAAAUCAAGUCAAGAAUGAGAUGAAUAAAGUGAAUGGCAAUUCAUUGUGUGAUUUACGGUCAACUGAUGCUAAUAAACUCUCUGAAUCGUGGUCCCUCCGUCAACCGGGAUCAACCUCAAUGGGACAAUAUCAAGCAACUCCCAUUGAUCCAAAUUGUACCUCAACCAGCACCAUGAGCACAACCUCAUCUUCCUUUUCAUUCCCCUUUCCCUCGGCGCCAUUCAAUAAAUGCGUAAAACGAUCCAUUGCAUCUGAUGAGGUUCAACGGGUUAAUGAUGAUGAUGAUAUUAAUAGUAAAAAUGUAAUCAAUGAAAAUUGUGUUCUCAAUUCAACCAUUAAAUUGAUAAGGCAAUCAAAUGAGUGCAAAGAAAGUGAUGAAUCAAAUGUGAUUGGACGAGGUGAAGCCAUUGGCAGCAGUUCAACGGCAAGCUCAGAUGGUUACAGCAGUGGUUCACUGUCACCCACAUCAUCACCUUCCUCCCUUGAACUGGCCCUUGAUCGUCCCUACAUAGUCCAUUCAAUGUGUGGACAAGCAAUCUUGUCCAAUUCCAGUGAAGCCAUUCCAAAGUUGACUGAACACCUUGACUGCCUACGAGCCGAGUACAGCCAAAUGCAAAGUGAGAUACAAACCAACGAGUCCAUCGGUGCAAGUCUAGUUGAAAGGUUAACCCAGGCUGGUCUAACGUGGCAAGAGACUGAAAAGAUAUCCAUCCAUUUAGAGGAGAUUGAAAAGAUAACUCGACUUUUACUCUCCCUGUCUACUCGAUUAAAAUCAAUUGAAGCCGAUAUCAACAGUAAAAAUGUUUCCUCACCCCUAGGUGGUAACCCUUCCGGUUCAACCCAUAACAAUAAUAAUAAUGUUGGUUGUGAAAAGCUUGUCAGUUCCUCCUUAUUUUCAUCAUCCUCAUCUACAUCAUGUUCAUCAGCUUUAUACUUCAACAAGCAAAGUUUAACAUCAUCUUCAUCAUCUGGAUGUCUUGUUACUUCCAUCCAUAAUAAUAAUCAUAACAAUAAUAAUAAUAAUAAUAAUAACAUUAAUGCUAAUGCUAAUAAUAAUAAUAACCAUCACCCAUUACCGUCAUCUGCAUCAUCUUCAUCAUUGCUGUUAUCAUCGCAUCCAUCAUCAUCUUUAGCUGCGAGUGCCUCAGUCUUUUCGGACAAUAGGAUUGAUAAUAGAUGCAAUAAGAACGUCAAUCCUGAAUUGGAAUCUCUCCUAUUGAAACGUAACAAAUUAUUGGCACAAUUGGAGGAAGCAAUUGCAUUGAAGGAAUCAAUUGAUCGUACAAGUCAAACCAUAUCGGAUAAAAUAAUAGUUAAAUAUUUUAAACAAUCAAGUCAAGAUGUUGACUCUUUCGUUAGAUUUAUUCAAUUAAAGUCUAAACUUAUUGUUGAGGAAAAGGAAUUGAUUGACAAGAUAGAAAUUAAAGAAAGACAAUUACUUAAUCUAACCAAUGCCACUUGAAGAGAGAGAGAAACCAAUUGCCAUCAUCUUCCAAUGCAAAAAUGCAUUCUUUUCCUUCUCAUCCUUUUCUCAUCCUUUUCCUCAUCCUUCAUCUUUCCAUCUUUCCCUCCUAACCCUUUCCAUUCAACACUCAUCUUGUUACAACAAGAAAGCAAAAGGUUAGAUAAUUUAUACUAAACUUUUAACUCGAUGUAAAAUGUGAACAUUUUAAAUAAUGAAAAGUUUCAAACAAAAAAAA